AUGGGGAAGAAGAGUAAGAUUACCAGGGAUAGAGAUAGAGAUGUUAGCGAAAAGGUUGCUUUAGGUAUGGCUAAUACGGGUCGUGGUGGAGAAAUCAUGUACGAUCAAAGACUGUUCAACCAAGACAAAGGAAUGGAUUCUGGAUUUGCAACUGAUGAUCAAUACAACUUGUAUGAUAAAGGGUUGUUUACAGCACAAGAUACUAUUUCUACUUUGUACAGGCCAAGGAAAGAUACCGCUGAUAUUGAAAUGGCAGGUCCCAGGGAUAAGCCAGUUGAGUUUGAUAAAAAAGAUGAUGAUCCGUUCGGGCUGGAUAAGUUUUGGGAAGAGGUGAAGGGGAGAACAAUGAGGGCAAGUGGUGGUGGAUCUUCCCUGGGAUAA